AUGGCGCGAGAGCGCAAAAGAGAUACCUUUCUCCGUCUAUUCGGGUCCAAAGACCGACGACUGGCGGCUUCGCAAGCGGACGAUAGCAAGUUGGUCUCCUCUACCUCUGAGCUCGCACCCACAGCGCUUUCGCCACCUCGAGCGAAUACACCCGACCCAACACCAAAGAAGCAGCUUGAGGCACUGGACAUACAGCAAAAAGAGCCUGAAACGCCUGAUGAUGUGUGGGCUGCAGCUUUUCGAAAGUUCCAGGAGAGCGAUGGUGAUUUAGCAAAAGCUUACGCCAAGAUUAUCAAUCCUGCACAUGAGGAGGAUAACGCUGGAUUCGAUGUUAACUUUGUCGAGUCGACCGUUAAGAAUCUUGAAAAAAAGCGAGACGAGAAGCAGUGGAAAGUUGCGUUUGCCGGGAAGAGUAUUCACGUCCGCUCGCAAGUCGAAAAGAUGGUGAAAUUCCUGCUAUGGACAGACACCGUCGUGAAGCCUGCACUCAGCACACAGCCGUACGCCGCGUUAGCAUGGUCGGCAGUUUCCAUCCUUCUACCUCUUGUGAAUGCGGGCACCGAGUUGCACGAGGCAAUGAUGACUGGCCUCGAAGAGAUCAACCGCAUGUUGGUGUUCUGGAAAAUUUCAGAGAGCUCUGUCUAUCCAUUCAGGAGCCACGAAAGAAGAAGCUUUUACGACGUCUUCAUCGACUUGCACUGUCGUAUUAUCAGAUACUACGCUCAUGCAGUUUGCCAUUUGUCAUCUACCCAGACUUCCCGAGCGCGGGAAAAUCUUUUUGGGUGGAAUGGUUGGAAGGCCGAGACCAGAAGCAUGAACGACUUGAACCAGAGUUGUCAGACCUAUCUCGAAGCCGCUCAGCGUAAAGCAUCCCAAGAUGGUAUGGAGAUGCAGCUCGUCGAAAUCCACAACUCUCGACUCGCUCUCGAAGACAUUUCCAGGGGCUUGGAGGAAAUUCAAUUUCAGUAUGAAGACCAGCUUGAGGGAAGGCUGUUAGAAAGUCUGUAUGCGAAUUUCAAAGGUCACAAGAACGCCAAUCCCGAGCGAGUACAAGGAACUUGCGAGUGGGUCUUACAAGAUCCGAAAUUUCGUCGAUGGCGAGACAGCAGAUCCUCGAGUCUCCUUUGGAUAUCGGCCGGGCCAGGUUACGGAAAGUCAGUCUUAUCGAGGGCUCUUAUCGAUGAAAGCCUUCUCCAGUCUCCAGAGAGGGCUGCAACUUCGUCUGUUUGCUAUUUCUUCUUCAAAGGUGGCGAUGACAAGCGAGAGAGGGCAUGUGAUGCUGUUGCUGCCAUUCUUCAUCAGCUAUUCGCUCAAGAUUGGACCGGUAAUCUCAUCAAAAAGGCAAAGACUCCCUACCACCGUGCAGGUGCUGGCCUGAGAGACUCUUUCGACGAGCUCUGCGACAUCCUCACAAGUUGCAUUCAUUCGCCGGACGUGGGUGAGAUAAUCUGUGUUCUGGACGCCCUUGACGAAUGUGAAUCGAAGGAAAGAGAGCGACUCGUGGGCUAUCUCAAGAACUUCUACGACACAUUUGAACAUGGAUCGCCAUCAACCUCUAGCUUGAAGUUUGUCAUCACAAGUCGUUCUUGGAAAGCCAUACAACUUUCUCUACAGGGUCUUUUCGAACCUGAACACCCCUCGCAGAGCUCACGUAUCAACGGAGAUGAAACCCUGCUUAAAAUUAGUAAGGAAAUCGAACUGGUUAUCGAGAAGAACCUUCCAACUAUCACAGGACAUCUUUCCAAGAGCGAUCAGGAAGACAUUGGGAAGCAUUUGAAAGCCAUGAAAAACCGCACGUAUCUCUGGCUACGCCUCGUCUUUCAGAUGAUCAAAGAGGAACCCACGGGAUACAUGAGGAAAUCAGACAUCCUUCAACUUUUUGACAGUCUACCUGCCAAAGUCUCAAUGGUCUAUGACCGAAUUCUCGGGCGCUUGAAUAACGACCUGGACUCUAAGACAGAAUGUCUCUUCCAACUCAUGCUGGCCGCUCCUCGGCCACUCACUGUAAGAGAGGCAGACGAAGCGCUGACUAUUCUCUUCUCGAGGACAAAUCAAUGGAAGUCCUUGAAAGAUUUUGAUAACGACUGUUGGGGCGAAGGCUUCCCAAGUGUCGUGCAGAACUGGACGGGGUUUCUGGUGAUAAUGAGAAGAAAUUGGCAUCGCGAAUACAAAUUGUCGUUCUUACACCAGACGGUCAGGGAGUUUUUACUCAGCCCGAAGCAUACCCCUGGCUCUUGGAAAGGGAGAUUCAGCUACCCUAAGACGCAGACUGCAAUGUUCUCUACUUGCCUGAAAUCACUACGGACGUCGCUACUUCCACUUGAGCGGGGUAAUGAAGGCGAUGGAGAAGGGUUUGAGUUUCGUUCUGGACAUUUCAAAAAGUACGCCGCUGAAUACUGGCCUUAUCAUUACGCAAGGCUAGAUCCUGGUCAACAAGAAGAAUAUCAUGACCAAAUCCGGGCACUCUGCGAUGUCGCACAACCCGGCACUGUCAAAUGGCUGGAUCGUAAUACGUCUUUUAGCAUGUUUAGGCGCAGUUUCAACCUGGAACUCGAGAGCUUUGACCAGCUUAGCCUUGCCGCCUUCUUUGGAUUUGUGCACUUGUUUGAGAAGAUCGCACCAACAAAUCUUUUUGAUUCACGCCGAGCAAUGAGCAACAAGGUCAGCCCUCUCCAAGCUGCAUCAUGGAACGGACAAUUGGACAUGGUCAAAAUGCUUGUCCAAAGAAACGCCGACGUUAACUACAAUCCCUUGAACAUCGGUUCACCCAUACAGCUUGCAAAUAGUCACGGAAAAAUGAAGACCGUUGAGUUUCUUUUCACAUGUACGCCCGCGCCAGCUAUCACAGAACGAGAUUGGGAACUUUUAGCAAGGAGAACCGAGGGUAUCCGCAUAUUGAGCCUGAUUUUGAAGAGGCUCCCAGAUACGGAAUCUUCAACGAAGCUGUUUGAGUUCGCAGUCCGAAACAUUUGCCAUGGUGGCGACAUACUCAAGCUACUGAUGCACGAGCGGCCUGCUCUGAAGCUAUCGGAUCUAAUGAUCUAUUCAGCUAUCGGAAACGGAAGUUGCGAUCCAGAUACUGUGGAUGUUCUUCUCUCCAGACGUUCUGAUCUUCAUGUAACAGAAAAGAUGGUAGAAGAAGCGUGUGCCAGGUGGCAUGGUGCCUUGGAAGUGCUGAAAAUCCUCUAUGAACGGAGCCCAGACGCCAAAGCAAGUGACCGUGCGUUGGCUUUGGCGGCUGGAAACCGGAAGCUUGGGUUGGAUAUCGUGAAGUUCCUCUCUGAGAAGCAUCCUGAACUCAAGAUCCCUGCAGAGGCUUUUUGCGCGGCUUCUAGAAACGGCGAAAUCAGCGUAGAGAUGCUCCAUCUGCUUUUCAGAAUAGAGGGCGGGCAAAAAGUCACAACUGACUUGAUUUUAAGUGCUACGGACAACCGCUUGGGGGGAAAGGCCACUUUAGACUUCUUGGCAUGCCAGGAUGGAUUUGGCUUCACACAAGGCUGUUUGGAGACUUGUUUUGAAAACAAGGAGGUCCUGGACUCUUCGUUCUUCCCACACUCGUUCUUCUUACAUGUAGGCCAUCUUAUGAGACUGGGCGGAGAUGACAUCACGAUCACGGAGAUCAUGAUGAAAAGAGUGGCUUCUUGGAAAUCAUACCAAGUCAACUUAUUUUUGAAAAGUAUUGGGUCUGACUUUUCUGUUUUUAUUACUGACGAUGUUUACAACGGGUCACGCCAGGCUUGUCAAGCAUCAAGAGGACCUGUUAUGCAUGUGUAUGAGAGGUACGACCGAUUUGAGACCAUGAAAACUCUCAUGGAAGCUCAUGCAGUCGACAUUCAGAUGAAAGGCAUUGAUGGUCAUCGACUUAGUAAGGAUGAGGCGAUGGACAAACUGGAGUCGUGGAAAAAGGAGCUCGACGAUUUCUACGCAACUGAUGUGGACAGCAUUGAUAACACGAUUGAACGAGGCACUCGAGUGUCUCACGGCAUGUAG